AUGAUCACGGAAGUUCAGUCUUGUAGUAAUUUUUUUUGUUCAUUCUUGUACUUGUCAAUCAUCAUUCGGUGUGAUCUCUUGCUUCAUGCCAUGAACGACAACUCGGAGAGCGAGCCUCUGGUUUCCGGUCAGCAACGGUUGAAGCCGAGACUCUCUCCUACAUACCUUGUCGUCCCCAUUGCUAUGAUAUGCCGCCUUGCCAUCAGGCUCCCCUCAACGACCACGUUCCACAUCAUCGAACAACUGCUUUGUCAACUAUGGUACUCUGCACACGGACCCGGCCAAGUUCCACCCACUGGUCGCAUUCCAGACACUCUCUGCGCUAUCCCCGAAGUCAAGCAGCGAUACGCCAACGUGCUUACAGUCAUGGCCGUCAGCGACGGAAUUGGGUCCAUGGUCGCAUAUACGCUGCUGAGCUGGAUCUCAUCGUGGUUUGGGCGCAAACCUGCCAUUUUGUGUGUGGUUGCGGCGGGACUGGCCGCAAACGGUCUCAUGAUCGCCUCAAACCUCUGUUCGAGCCUUCAUACGAGGGCAGCCCUAAUGAUACUAUGGAUGCUCUUUAAUUCGCUCUCUCAGCCCCUUAUCGUUGUGUUCGCGACAAACAUCUACCUUGUAGAUCUUGUCGAGGUUGAUGAAAGAACAUCCGCAUUGAGUACUCUCUGGGGCUGGUCAACUCUUGGCUCCGCACUCUCGUUCACAAUCGGCGGCACCAUCACAACCAACCUGGAGUAUGACCUUCCAGUCUAUGUUGUCUCAAGCGUCGUCUGGAUGGCCAUGCUUCUCUACAUCGUCAUCACGUUGCCUGAAUCCUACCCUAAACGCAAACGCGACGAACGCCGUGCUUUGGAACCCGAUGCCAACAAUCGUGACAUUGUCCAGCUACUGAGCAAGCCUCUUGGGCGUCUUCUUCCCUCUCGCAACCCCCAGACUGGUUCAAGACAAUGGCAACUUAUGGUUUGUGCCAUCCAUGCGCUCUUGGUCGACAUUGGUGGAGGCUAUGGCUCGACAGCUUUGAUUGUGUAUCUCACUGCCGUUGAGCGAUAUUCGCCUCAGGAGGUCGGGUAUGCUCUCACAACCCUCAACCUAGUCGGCACUAUAAUGUUGACCAUGGUCAUUCCUCGUGUCAUCGCAAUGCUCCGAGCGAAAUAUACUCAAGACAAUACUGAAGUAGCACGGAAUGAUGGGCGCAAGCGUGUUGACAUCCACCUCAUCUUUUUGGCCUGGUGCAUUGACGCUGCAGGAUUCAUUGCUUUGGCCUCAGUAAACAGCCGCAAAGCUCAAUUCGCAGCUGUUGUUGUCAUUGGAUGUAGCGCCCCACGAGCCCCAAUCCUUCGUAGUGUGGUUGCGUCGGCUGCAAUGAGUUCUUUAGGCGUUGGGACUGUGGCUGUUGACCCGUUAAUUCAAGGUCAGACGUUAGCAGCGAUAGAGAUAGUUUCUGGAUUUGGGAAGCUGCUUUCACCGGUUCUUAUGGGUGGUAUACUAUCUGCCUCGAUAUCCACCAUGCCCCAGUUGGUGUUUUACGUUCAGGCUGCAAUCGUGGUUUCCGGCGCGCUGGUGCUACUAGGUUUCGCAUAG